GCGGCAAACACGGAGCCGCAGCGCCGCCAAUGCCGCCGAAUUCUGUUUCUGGACGCCUAUGACUCCUUCACCAACAACAUCGUGUCGCUGCUCAAGGAGGCGCUCGGCGACGAUGUGCUGGUGCACGUGCUGCACAUGGAUCUGAAGACGCUGCAUGCGGACCCCAGUCCCGACUGGACGCCGGAGCAGUUCCUGGACCGGCUGCUGGGCUUCGAUGCCGUGGUAUGCGGCCCCGGGCCCGGAUCGCCGCUGUGCGAGGCCGAUGUUGGGGCCUUUCGCCUGCUGUGGGAGCUGCGUGACGCUAUCCCAGUGCUGGGCAUCUGUCUGGGCUUCCAGAGCCUGGUUGCACACUUUGGUGGUGGGAUUCGGAGGUUGAGGAGGGGACUUCAUGGCAUGGUGAGGCCAAUUGAGCAUCACUCGGGAGACAUCUUUGCGGGCGUGCCAGAGUUCAAGGCGACGCUGUAUCACAGCUUGUGUGCCGACGUGGGGCAAGAUCAAGUCGCCCAGGCAUCGUGGGAGACGGAUAUGUGGCUGCCGCCCAAGAAUGCCCCUGAGCUUGUUCCGCUGGCGUGGACGAUGGAGGAGAGCGAGGAUGGAAGCGAACCCGAGAGGAUCUUGAUGGGAGUGAGGCAUGCGAGAUUGCCCUUCUGGGGGGUCCAGUACCAUCCCGAGUCUGUGUGUACGGAUCCUGCGGCGCACGGGGUGCUGAAGAACUGGUUCAGCCAGGCUCUGAAGUGGAACGAAUCGACUGGACGACAGCUGAGGCCGAUGAACUUGGACAACAUUACCGAUAGCUUGGCGCCAUCUAUGAUUGUUGAGAGGAGUAUUGCUGCUGAGAGUCAGCUUGCAAGCAAGAAGUGGUGGCGGGAUAUGCAGUCUGGCCUGGCAGCUUCGAGAGCAGCACCCAUCUAUUCCUGCAGCCGGAUUAAACUCCCCGACGGUGUGGAUGCAGCCGACGUUGCGGAGCUCCUGGGCGUGGGAGGCGCUGAUUCCAUCAUGCUGGAUUCGUCAAGCACCAUCAGUGGCGACCCCCUGGCACGCAGCUCGGUUAUUGCACUCGAGGUUGAGAGGGCUCUACGCUUCGAAUACCAUGUUGGAGAUGACUGGGUGACUUUACGCCAGCCUGGAUUUGGGGCCCAGGAAGAAGUGUGCCAAAGGAUUGAAAUUGACAGUGGCGCUGAGCACGGCGCUUACGAUGUUUGGAAUGUCAUCUCCGAGUUUUGGCAGCAGCGCAGGGUGGCUGAAGAGAGGGGCCAGGAACCAGCAUUCAAGGGAGGCUUCAUGGGCUUCGUCACGUAUGAGAUGGGACUGAGUUCUUUGAGUCCAGAAUCUGUUUCCAAAAACAGGGGCCACCACAGGCCGGACCUCUGCUAUGCUUGGGUCUCCAAGAGUCUGGUUCUCGACCACCAAGCUGGUGUGGCAUAUGUCCAAGCCCUUACUGCCCCCAACUCAAAUCCUCAGCCGUGGAUCGACGAGGUCGUGGCAAAGCUGCAGAGUUCCCGGGCGUGGCAACAGCCAGGCUAUGGAACGGAAGAGUAUAAACUCAUCGCUGCCAAGAAACAGCCAAAUGAGGCGUUGCUGAAGAUCAUCCAGGAGCCGGCCGGCAGACUGCGUUUCAAGACGCCGAAGCCAGCCAAGUACGACGACGACGUCCGCCAGUGUCAAGACUCUAUUGCUGAAGGCCAGUCAUACGAACUAUGCCUUACAGCACAAACGACCAUGACUCGGCCGCCUGGAAACGAUGUGCCGCAUCACCUGCAGCCGAAGCACGGCACCCCAUGGCAAAUAUAUCGAACUCUCCGAGCCCGCCAGCCGGCUCCCUUUGGCUCCUUCAUCCGCCUCGCCGGAGCCACCAUCCUCAGCAGCUCGCCAGAGCGGUUCCUGGCCCACGACGCCAAGGGUCUCUGCUCCAUGCGUCCCAUGAAAGGUACGGUCCGCAAAUCUGAGGCCGUCUCGACACUAGCACAGGCCGAAAAAUUGCUCCACAUUCCCAAGGAAGAGGCGGAGAACCUCAUGAUUGUGGACCUGGUCCGGCAUGACCUGUACGGCGUCUGUGGAGCCCGGAGCGUCACCGUCCCGGAUCUCCUCAAGGUGGAGGAAUAUUCCAGCGUCUUCCAGAUGAUCACCGUCGUCAACGGCCAGCUUCCUUCUCGCGGCACCAACGGCCUCGACGUCCUUGCCGCCGCCCUCCCCCCCGGCAGCAUGACCGGCGCUCCCAAGAAGCGCAGCUGCGAGAUCCUCCGCACUAUCGAGCCGUCCGAGCGCAGCAUCUACUCCGGCGUCGUCGGCUUCCUCGACGCCCGCGGCCACGGCGACUGGAGCGUCACCAUCAGGACCAUGUUCCGCUGGGACGACGAAAAGGCACCGCCCGAGGGACCGGGCGAGACGCAGCCCAGGGAGGUUUGGCGCAUUGGAGCCGGCGGCGCGGUGACGAUUCUGAGCACGCCUGAAGGAGAGACGGAGGAGAUGUUUACGAAGCUCUGUGGGCCUUUGGGCGUUUUCAAGGAUGUGGCAUAA